AUGUGGGCUCUUGUCUUUUGUUUGGAUUUGGCUGCAAAUGAUGGUGAUGGUUUUUUCACAAUAAGAAUGCAUCAUGGUGACCAAUUUCAACCUGGAAAUGAAAUAGUAUACAUUGGAGGGAGGGUGAAUCACAUCGAUUUGUGUCACAUAGACCAGCUUUCUCUGGUAGAACUAGUGAAUAUGUUGAAAAAUAUAAGAGUGGAGUACUGCCAAAUUAUGAGGUUCCAUCAUAGAAUUCCUACUGAGUUGAAGAUUUUAGACAAAGAUCAGGAUGUUUUGGAUAUAGGCAAGUGGGUUAACAUGCACAAAGUCCAUGAUGCGUAUGUUGAACACAUUAGAGAAGUCUUUGAUCAGAGACAAGCUGAGUCAAAUUGUGGUCCAACAACACAACAAUGUGAUGGAGGAAAUGAUAUGGGUGAUGGUAUGAAUAUGGUUGAUGUAAAUGCUACUGUUGUGGCUUCUGAUAAUUCAUUAAAUUGUGACUCAUCUCAGUAUAAUGAACAAUUAGAAAGUUCAACUUCAGAUGAUGAGUAUUUAUAUGACAGUGAAUAUGAUGGGGAUGAAAUGUAA